GGCGCUUUUAUAUGAAGUACAUAUAAAAUUAAGCUACCGUUCAUCUUCCUUAGGUUUUUUUUAACGGUUAUGAGUUAAUGAUAAGAACUAUAUCACCAGCAAAAACCUUCAGGUACUUUAUAUGAACUUUGUACACUACAUUUUGAAAAUACCGCUAAUUCCAGUUUAGCCAAGUUUUCCAAAGGAUUUUCCGCUGAUAGACUUUGUUGUGGUGUUUAAAUGCAGCAUUGUUUCACUUAAUGUAAUCUGUUUGGGAGAUAUGAUGCAUUUUGCUAUCUGUAAUCUGAUUGGUCGAUGGCAGGUAAUAAUUUCUUCCUAAUGCGAACAACCCAUUAGUUUAUCCGUGACUCAUUUGCCAAGUAGCCAAACCUAAACACUUUAUUUUUCAAGCUGAUGCUUUGGGAUUUAUUCUUAUUCUUUGGAGAUGGCAAUCAGCCAAGCUGACGCCGAUGAUGAGUGCCUAGUUUACCCAGCGAUAACUAAAAAUUAUUCUGAAAUUAAAAAUGCAGAUGGCUCAUCAGUGGAAUUAAAUCCCGUACCACCCAAUCCGAACUCUGUCUCCCGACCUCUACGUUCUACACUAAAGACAAGGUCAAAGUUUGAACCUGAUAAAGUUGGAAUUGACGCAUAUAAUUCAGAGAGAAGCAAUAGGAUUAUCACAGUAGAUACCAGAGAACAAAUAAUUCCUGACAGUUCCGUUCGUAAAAUUUGCAAUUUAAACUCCACAGACAGAAACAGUGAGAUAAAAAGUCAAAGAAUGACGCUAAAAAAUGGCAUGGAAGUAUGUGAUCCAGAUCAGACCACAUCACAUGGAUCUAAAGAACAUUUAAAGAGGCCUUCCAUACAACAGUUAAGAAAAUAUUCAGUUGUGGAUCCGAAUACUUUGAAGUUUAUUGAAGAUCCUUCCAGAAAAUCUGGGGAAUAUGGAAUAUGCAGUGCCAUUUUAAUUGCAAUCGCGUAUUUAUUCAUUCUUAUAACGUUUCCCUUCUCAUUAUUUUUCUGUAUUAAAGUUGUUGCUGAAUAUGAAAGAGCAGUUAUAUUUCGACUGGGACGAAUUGUACCCGGUGGUGCUCGAGGACCAGGUCUUUUCUUUAUUGCACCAUGUAUUGAUUCAAUUCGCAAAGUUGAUUUGCGUACUGUAACAUUCGAUGUCCCACCACAAGAGGUACUUACUAAAGAUUCAGUGACAGUAGCUGUUGACGCUGUUGUCUAUUAUCGUAUCUAUAAUCCUGUUGUAGCAAUUACAAAUGUUGAGGACGCUGAUCGGUCAACACGUUUAUUAGCAGCAACCACGCUUAGAAAUGUUUUAGGCACAAGAAAUUUAGCUGAAAUACUGUCUGAACGUGAAUCAAUCUCAACAUCUAUGCAGACAAUGCUCGAUGAUGCCACUGAUCCGUGGGGCGUCAAGGUAGAACGUGUUGAAGUUAAAGAUGUUCGUUUGCCCGUACAACUUCAAAGAGCGAUGGCGGCUGAAGCUGAGGCUACAAGAGAAGCGCGUGCUAAGGUGAUUGCAGCUGAAGGAGAAGAGAAAUCUUCUCUAGCUUUAAAACAAGCUGCAGAUGUUAUCAAGACAUCACCAUUUGCAUUGCAAUUACGUUAUUUGCAAACAUUAAGUGCCAUUUCAGCUGAGAAAAAUUCAACCAUUAUAUUUCCGCUUCCAAUUGAUAUGCUGGUCAAUAUGUUUCAUCGUUAGCUGUUUCACAUACACAUACAUCAAAAUACAACUAACCUAUUAGUAUAAAUAUCUCACUGAAGUACUACCCUUUUUUUUCUCUUCUGUUCAUUAAAUCUGUGUACUGUCUGUGUCAUCGAUACAAACUAGAAAUAAAACUCUUUUACACAUGUAUAAUACAAAUAAUAUGUCAACCGUACAACAUUUAAUCUUGGCUUCAACCUGACAAGUAUCUCUUUUCAUGGAAUUGCUUUAGCUGUAACGUCUACAGUAGAAUCUUCUCUUUUUCUUCUUCUAUUUCUAUUGCUGCUUCUUUUACGGUGUACUUAAAGUUGACAAGGCUUUUUAUCGCUUUUUCAAAAUAGUAGUAUAGAUUAAAAGUAAAUAAAUCUUGCAGAUUCAUGAUGCAACAUGUUUAUUUCAACUAUUUGUUUUUUCGUUUAUUUAACUUAAGAUAAACAGAAACAUUUUAUUCCUUUACCUUAAAGAUUAUCCAAUUCAAUAUGUUCAUUAAUUAUUAAUUUUACGAAACCCGUCAUUCAUUUAUAGACUACUUAGACAUUUUUAACAGUCGAAUUAAAACAAAAUAUUCAAUAUUCAACGGUGUAAUCUUUAAAUUAUGUCAAAAAAUAAUUGAUGAAUAGACAGUGCAUGUUAAUUUAAAACACCGAAGUUUUUCAAUUCAAAAUUGUUCAUCUUUAUCCUGAUAUUCUAAUCCUACGGUUACUUGUUCUGUCCACAGAAACUACUCACCUAUUCUUCUCAAGAUUCCAUCACCGUGUAUUCUGAUGUUCAUUUCCACCUUGUGAGUUUGUUGUAAGACAAUAGGAUGUUGAUAAAGUGCAUGUAAUUCAGUGUGUACUGUUUUGUCAAUGUUUUCUUCUUAAUUUUUGCUUCUUCUCACCUCUCUGCGAUAUCAACGUUACUUCAAAGCACUUAUCAGUGUUUACCAACGUAUUUUCAAGCUUUCGCAUAUGCAUAGAUCAAAGUUCACAUGCUUGUCUGUCUGUGUACCUGUAGACUCCAAACAAGUUAUGAGUUGAGUAAAUUAUGCUUUGUAGACAGAAAACGAAGAAAGAAAAAUGAAUUUUUAAUAUUAAUUAUUUAUUCAUGUUUAUAAUAAAUUAAUUUCUCGUCA